AUGAAUGACAAGAAAAAGAGUGCAGUAGCUACAAUGCCCGAGUCUCAAGAAGCUUCGAAUUACGAUGAGGUCUCUAUGCAGCAAAGCAUGCUCUUCUCUGAUGGUCUUAAGGACUUGAGGAAUUUGCGAACGCAGUUGUAUUCAGCAGCUGAGUAUUUCGAACUAUCUUACACAACUGACGAUAAAAGGCAGAUAGUUGUAGAGACACUGAAAGAUUACGCAGUGAAGGCUUUGGUCAACACAGUUGACCAUUUAGGCUCUAUUACUUACAAAGUGAAUGACUUCAUCGAUGAAAAGGUCGAUGAAGUAACAGAGACCGAACUACGAGUAUCUUGCAUCGAACAGCUCAAGUACUUUGGAAGCAGUUUAGAGGAUGCAGAUGACUGGAACCAAUUCCGAAAUGCUGUUCGUGCUACAAUCCGGGAAACACCUCCACCACCUGCUGCUGUUAGAAAAUCAACAUCUCAGACUCCAUCUCCACGGCAACCACCUCAACGAUCAGCAACCUUUUCGUUUACGUCCACAAUGCCAAAGAAAGAGCAAGAUAAGAGAUCGGUUUCACCGCAUCGGUUUCCUCUGCUAAGAUCGGGAUCCGUCGCUACUCGGAAGUCAGCAUCAAUCAGCCGGCCAACUACACCAAGCAAGAGCAGAGCUAUUACUCCUAUACGGUAUCCAUCAGAACCAAGAAGAUCUGCUUCGGUUAGGGUCGCGUUCGAAAAAGAAAACAAGAAAGAAACAGAGCAACAACAACCGAGCAAGAGCAAACGACUGCUCAAGGCUUUGCUUAGUCGACGCAAAACCAAGAAAGAUGACACUCUUUACACUUUCUUGGACGAGUACUGA